AUGUGUGACGGGGUUACACUUGAAGAUCUGCGAAACCAAAUAGACGGAGGCCAACAGACAGUAGAGACAGGUCAAGCCAUGAAAUUUACGUAUAAGCGCAGAUUGUUUUCGUCGGCCAACGAUGACCACGAGCUAAUCGUACCUGCAAGCACCAGAGCUGUAAAGGUCAACAAGUUCCAAAGUGAUGCCUUGCAGGUGUAUACCGCGGACGAACGGGGCAGCAUUAGGUUAUGGGAUCUUAGUAAGGUCCAGGAGCGCUCUGCGCUGGAGGCGCCUAACACACCUAGUAAGAAUCGCGAAAUCAUCAGGCUCGUGGGUGAAACUGAAGACAAAGUUAGCCGCUGCGACACCAAUGCUGCGUCAGCCACUAAGAUGAGGCGGGGUGUCAUGGCUAUGUACUCCAGAACGUUUCUUACCCAACCUUCUAGCGACUGGACAGAUAAAGGCAACGUCGAGCCUGACGGAAUCUCCAUGCUACGCAAACGGAGGGAUGGAACUCAAGAGGCCGCUCUUCUCUGUGAAAGCACAGGACAUGAUGGCGCAGUGAUGGGACUUGACCUCUGCGAUGCCGAAGCCAUUCUUGACCUUGCAUAUAAGGAGGACGGCUCCGGCUCCGCAGCAAACGUUUAUCCGCGUUGGGUUCUCUCUGUUGGAGCCGACCGGGUUGUCAAGGCCUGGACCCUUGAUUUGAAACCUCUUGGGCAACUUAACCAGGUCAGUGCAUAA